AAACCGGUUACCUGAAAAUGUGUAUGGUAGUUUGGUUUCAGGCACAGACGCUGAGAUGUUGAAAAAAAUAUUCUGCUACCUUUUGUUUUUAGGUGCCUUUUCAUUAUCUGUAUAUUUUUGGUAUAAUCUGAGCUACUCAAAUGUAGCGGAAUCAAAUAUUGGAUAUAAAGAUUUACUGUACAUUUCAAAGGAUACCCAAAGUGAAGAUGGAUUAAAGGCAGGAGUUGUUUACACUAAUCUUCAAAUAGAUUCAGACUUUUGGAGACACAUAACAUUGAAGGAAAACAGUGUAACUACAGCGACCAUCAUCGCCAAGGCCGAAGAAUUAAACAAAUGCCUAGAUCCCUCGCCACUUCUUGUGGGGCUCCAGACAAUUGAGUUCUCUACGCCGGUCAGCUUGGUGACCGUGAGGAAGGAGAACCCACAUCUGCAGGUCGGAGGUCGCUACAAGCCAGACGACUGCGUCGCCCUUCAGAAGGUUGCGGUCAUCAUCCCCUUCCGUAAUCGUGAGGAACACCUCAAGUUUUGGCUCCACUACCUCCAUCCUUUCCUACAGCGCCAACAGCUGGACUAUGGUGUCUUUGUUAUUAAUCAGGACGAGGAAAGCACGUUCAACAGGGCCAAGCUGAUGAACAUCGGCUAUACAGAGGCCCUCAAAGAGUAUGACUACGACUGCUUUGUGUUCAGUGACGUGGACAUCAUCCCCAUGGACGACCGGAACACCUACCGAUGCUUCAGCCAGCCCAGACACCUGUCUGUGUCCAUGGACAAGUUUGGCUUCAAGUUACCCUACAGUCAGUACUUUGGUGGUGUCUGUUCAUUGAGUAAGGAACAGAUCCAGAAAAUUAAUGGGUUUCCAAACACCUACUGGGGUUGGGGUGGUGAAGAUGAUGACAUUUUCAACAGGGUGAAGAACAGAGGAAUGACAAUCUCUCGCCCAAACAGUGACAUUGGAAAAUGCCGGAUGAUCCAACACGCAAGAGACAAAAAUAAUGAAGCAAACCCUCACAGGUUCGAAAGAGUAGCUCACACAAAGAGGAUGAUGGACAAAGAUGGCCUCAACUCCCUUGAGUACAAAGUUGUUGCAGUGGAAAAACACAUCCUGUUCACAAAGAUUACAGUAGAUGUGGGGGAGCCAAAAAAAAUUGAAAUAAGAGAAUAAGAACUAAAUGUUCACAAUUGCUGAAAACAUUUUAUAAAAAGAAAGAAAAAAAAUGACUAUUGCCUGGGCCAGAAGACCAGUCCACCAAAUGCACUGAUGAGGAGCUUCGCUUCACUGGUCACCGAGAGAAACAGCAAUGGCAUCUGACCAAGGGGGUGCCCAGGUGAAGGUAAAGGACCUCACAUCCAAGAGGUGCUGGGUGGUUUAUAAUGCAAGGCUGUAUGACCACAACUGACCUAGUAUUCAUCUUUGAAGUGUCACCAUGACCAAGUUAGCUUCAAGUGCUGCUUCCAUAAAUCAUGAUGUUCCAACACAGAAAUUACCACUUAUUUUGGUCGGAGCUGAGGUUAAUGGGACAAUUGCACAACUACAACCAUCAAAAUAAUUCUACUGUGGUGGAAAUUGUUUUAAACAUUGUUUUUAUAGACAAUGCAUUAAUUCAGUUUAUAUUGAAUUAUGGACUUUUGUCCAUAUAACUAAGCUCUACUUUUUUACUUUCCAAUACUGUUGUUGAUCAAAUGUAUGGGCUGUUUUUUGUCAGAUUUUAAUCUAUGUACAUGUAUAUAAGUGUUUUAUUGUGAAUUUCCCAGCUGUUUAUAUUAAAAUAAAAUGAGCUCCACUUCCA